CUCUUUGCAGUCAUGAAGUUAACUUUCAAGACGCUGCAGCAAAAGCAGUUCACUCUGGAUGCUGAGCCGUCAGACACUGUCCUCGAUCUCAAGCACAGGAUCAGCCAGGACCAGGACUUCCCUGUUGAGCAACAGAAGAUUAUCUACUCCGGUAAGAUUCUCAGCGAUACCCAGACAGUAGAGGCAUGUAAAAUCAAGGAGAAGGACUUCCUAGUCGUUAUGGUCAGCAAGCCAAAGGCUGCCCCCGCAGCAACGACAAGUAAAACGGCUACUCCGGAGCCUGCCAAGCCUGUCGCGUCUACCUCUUCCUCUGCCGUACCUUCUGAACCCGCCGUUGUCCCCGCACCUGCUGAGCCGGUCGCUGCCCCAGCUCCUGUACCGGCCGCUACCGAGCAGCCCGCCGCGGCUGCAGCUGCGCCCGCAUGGGGCGACCAGUCCGCUUUCUUCACUGGAGCUGCUCUUCAGGGUGCGGUCGAGAACAUGAUGGAGAUGGGUUUCGAACGUGCACAGGUCAUGCGCGCUCUCAAGGCAGCAUACAACAACCCUGAUCGUGCGGUCGAGUAUCUGAUGAGUGGGAUCCCGGAUCACCUGGUGCGUGAAGAAGCACCCGCUGAUGCCGCGUCUGCCGUGCCACCACCCGCUGCCGCUGCUGCCACGCCUGCUGCCCCCACACCCGCCGCCGCUGCCGCACCCGUUGCCCCUGUGGCACCCGCGAACCCCGCCCAACCGCAGAACCUGUUCCAAGCCGCUGCUGAGCAAAUGCAGCGCCAGCAAGGCGGCGCUGCCGCUGGAGUUCCAGGGCUCGGUGCUGCGGCUGGUGGUGCCGGUGGGAUCACCCCACAGCAGGCUCAGCAGAUCACCGCCUUCCGCAAUUCGCCCAUGUUUACCCAGAUCCGGCAAAUGAUUGCACAGAACCCAGCGCUGGUCCAACCCCUCAUCCAGCAACUCGCUGCCACCAACCCCCAGCUCGCCCAGGUCAUGAAUCAGAAUCCUCAGUUAUUACUGCAGCUGUUGGCGGGCGAGGAGGGUGAGGGUGACGAGGGCAUGGAGUGGGAAGGUGAUGGUGAAGGCGGUGUUCCGGGGGUGACCACAAUCCAGGUGACGCCAGAGGAAAACGCGGCUAUUGAACGUCUAAUCGGACUCGGCUUCCCGCGUGACCUCGCCAUUCAGGCCUAUUUUGCGUGCGACAAGAACGAGGAAGUGGCGGCUAACUACCUGUUCGACUAUGCUUUCGAGCAGAAUGACUAGAAUCGCAUGCGCGCUGCUGCACCCCGUCCUAUACUACUACCUUCCCUACCCACCUACCUACGCUGUGCAUGAUUAUGCUGUCGACGAUGAUGAUACGAUGCAGUUGUUGGGGGCGGAAUAUGUAUAACCGAGAAUGAGAUGCGACGAGAUGCCACGCUCUUCUUUAGCUCAAGCUCAAUGAAAACAGACUCAUCCUUCUUACAGUACUGUGUGGAUGCUCUGCUGUCCUGUCUACCUCAUGAUCGUCGACCCUUUUCUCGGCGUGACUCGAUGCUAUUUUUUGGAGCUUAUCUCGCCUAGCCAGCGCAGCAAGGGUCAUCCAGCUUUGGGAAUGUUAGGAAUGCUUCUCAUCUUCCUGCACGGGCACCUGACAUGUACGACUUCAGAGUGCCUGCUCGCUUGCGAUCCUGAACGAUGGGAUGAAUUACUAUAAUUAUUGGCUUUGCCCAGGUCGCGGUGCUCUGCGCAAGAUGUCUUCUACCGUCACAGAACUCAGCAAAACUCCUGCUACUGGCCCU